UAUUAAAUUAAACAGAUGCUUACCCCUAAAUGAAAUUUCAGGAACCCCAGCAGAACAACCCUGGUCAAAAAUACCUAAGCAUUAUAAGUAACAAUUGUUUUUAAUUGAUCAUAAAAAAGCUACAUUCCUCUGAAUUAGUACUGGACUUAUAAUCAUUUUUAGAAACCACAAAGGACCUUUAUACGUAGCAGAAUUGUUCUUCUCUGUCCCUAUUUUUCUGAGAAAUUAGAUAGGCAGUAGGACGGUAGGUAGCUAGGUAGUAGAUAGAUAGACAGUGAGAUUCUCUAUUAAGAACAAAGUCUAAUGUUCAAAUACCUCUACCACACUUUCCUUCAAGAGUUUACCAAUUCUGAUCAAAUAUUUUCUUAAAUCCAUGAUGAAAAUGUGAAUGAGAACAGUUAACCCAGUUUACAAGGGGAAAAAUAGCUAUUAAUAUACAAAUCUCUAUUUACUUUUCCAAGAUGAUUUAAAUAUAAAUUUGGGUCCUCAUAUCUCUAUACAAACUCAUUUGAUAUUUGCUGGUCCUUUCACAGCUCGCAAACUCAUGAAAAUCUCCAACACGCCCAACACCUCCAGCAUCAUCACUGGCUUCAUCCUCUUGGGCUUCCCUUGCCCCAGGGAGGGGCAGAUUCUCCUCUUUGUGCUCUUCUCUGCUGUCUACCUCCUGACCCUCAUGGGCAACGGUUCUAUCAUCUGUGCUGUGUGCUGGGAUCAGAGACUCCACACCCCCAUGUACAUCCUGCUUGCCAACUUCUCCUUCCUGGAGAUCUGGUAUGUCACCUCCACUGUCCCCAACAUGUUGGCCAACUUCCUCUCUGACAAGCAGCUCAUCUCCUUCUCUGGGUGCCUUCUCCAGUUUUACUUUUUCUUCUCCUUGGGUUCUACAGAAUGCUUUUUCUUGGCUAUUAUGGCAUUUGAUCGAUACCUUGCCAUCUGCUGGCCUCUACACUACCCCACUCUCAUGACUGGACGUCUCUGUGCCAAUCUUGUGAUCAGCUGCUGGGUACUUGGUUUCCUCUGGUUCUUGAUUCCCAUCUUCAUCAUCUCCCAAAUGUCUUUCUGUGGAUCUGGGAUCAUUGACCACUUCCUGUGUGACCCAGGUCCUCUUCUAGCACUCACUUGCGAAAAAGCUCCUGUGAUAGAGCUUGUCUUCUCCACUUUGACUCCUGUGCCCCUCAUCGUUCCGUUUCUCUUCAUCAUGGGGUCUUAUGCUCUGGUCCUGAGAGCUGUAUUGAGAGUCCCUUCAGCAGCUGGGCGAAAAAAGGCUUUCUCCACCUGCGGGUCUCAUCUGGCUGUGGUCUCACUGUUCUAUGGCUCAGUCCUCGUAAUGUAUGGGAGCCCAACAUCUGAGCAUGAAGCUGGGAUGCAGAAGAUCGUGACUCUGUUUUAUUCUGCUGUGACUCCACUUCUUAACCCUGUAAUAUAUAGUCUUAGAAACAAAGAUAUGAAAAAGGCCCUACAGAAAUUUCUUAGACUAUAAAAAGUGUUAAUCAAAAGAGUUCUUGAGCAAUUAGAGACCUAAAUUGUGUUUACCUCAUUUUCAGGUUUUAAAAAAAAUGUAUUUUUUUUCUUCAGAUAAUCAUUCACCCUAAUAUUGACUAAAAUUUCAGUCACCUGUGAACAUGUAUCUGUUGCUUAUUUAUUCUCUUGGUUCUUGCUCAUUUGUCCCGUUUCUUUCUUUUUUUUUUUUUCUUUGUCCUGUUUCUUAUAUACCUCAUUUUUUCCCAAAUGCUGAACAUUAUAUUUUAAAAUUUUUUAAAUAAUGUAGUAAAGAAGGUUUUCUUUUACCAGAAGAUAGAAUAAAAUAGAUUACUUUGAUCUUAUUUAAGGAGUAUUUAUUUUAAGGUGUAAUAAAAAUAGUCUAAAACAGCUUUGCUCCUACUUCUGGGAUGUGAUCCUUAGUCAGGAACAUGACCAUUCUGAGAUUUCAAUCACACACCUGAACUGUUUUCAGGACACCUUCACCUUAGAGAUCCCUGACUUUCUAUGCCUAUAUUCUGAAACCCAUGACUCCUAAGACCUCCACUCAGCUCUUUAAACUCCCAGUUUCUUCUUUCUGCUAGACUUCUUGAAAUCUCAUCUUGCACAAGAAUGACUGAGAAAUCAAAAAAUGCCCAGAAAAGAAACUACGUCACAUUUUGACCCUCGCUUCUCUGUGGUCCUCCUGUCUCCAGUAUUUUUUCUCAAACACCAGUUUCUCUGGCAGCCACAAACACCAAAUCCCUUAUAUCCUUAGUUCAAUGAAACUACUGCUUUCUGUUGAGACUUCUUCUUCCUUCUCGCUGUUCUUUCUCAGAUACCUCCAUGUCCCCAUACUCCCCAGUGCAGUGAUUAUCAUCCUAGGGGAGAAACACUCAAGGUAAACGUGGAGCUCCUCUUCUUAUUCCUCCCUUCCCUGGAAUUAUAGCCCCUGAAGUCAUGUCUGUGGACUUCUCUCUAGUGCCUUCAAAGGCUUGCUUUAUGUCAUUUCUCCAGAUUUUGUAGUUACUUUUAGUAGAAGGGUAAGUUUAAUCCAAGCUGAUUAGUCAUGACUAUAACCAUAAGUUGUUUUCUAUUACCGCUAAGUUCCAUACUUUCUCACUUCUCCCCUCACUUUCAGAAGAUGAUUUUGUAGCAUAAUCAUGCAAAAACCCACAAAUCAGAGACAAGUGAAUACAGGGACUGGCAUAAACAUGCAAAGGCCUGAUUUUCUUUUCACUGCAAGCACCUCCAGAUUCCUGAGUGUUCUACCCUGCAAACAAGGUGGGCAAGGAGAAGGGUUAAUUUCAAUAAAAUAAGGAAAACCAGUAACCCAGAGACAAUUUAGGCCUAAUUCUUUUAAGGGAGAGGUGCUCAAGAAUUGUUCAGUUCAGUUCAUUUCAGUCGCUCAAUCAAGUCCGACACUUUGCG